AUGCGUGAGGUGGCACUCACUAUACAACCUCAAGGAGGUCCCGACCCCCACCCGGGCCCCGAGGAGCAGGAGCAGCUGCCAUACCCGGAUCUGGCCCCGGUGGUCUUGGGCUGCUUCAAUCAAACAUCAAGCCCCCCUGAGAUGUUAAGCAAAAUGUUCGCCAUGGGAUUGUAUGGCUACAAAGGAAGUUACCUCAGCAACCCAUGGAACAGAUUGGAUCUACUCAUCAACUUAGGAGAGUUUUUUGACUACUUUAUGGAUUACCUUGGCCUCCACCUACAAGUCUCUCAGGUGCUCGGGCCGCUGCGACUGAUCAGCAGAGUACCGAGUAUGCGUGACAUCGUGUCAGCGCUCCUGAUCAUCUUCCCCAUGCUGGGUAACGUGCUCUGCCUCUACAUGUUUGUCGUGCACAUCUUCGGGGUGGUAGGGGUCCAGCUGUGGGCGGGGCGUCUGCACAACCGCUGCUUCCUGGGAGAAGACCCCAUUGCGAUGUACAACGUCUCCUUGAGCCCGUACUACGUCACCAAGUACGGUGAGUUCCAACCGUUCCUGUGUUCCACCGAAGGCAAGAGCGGCCAGCAAUGCAGCGAGGUGCCGCCCAAAAGAAAAAACGACCAAACCUGCUCCUUGGCCCCUCCCUCGCCAAGUGUGUUUGGCCUCACGGGGGCCGCCACCAACGCCUGCGUCAACUGGAACGUGCUCUACAACGUCUGUCGGGGCGGGGCCCAGAACCCCAACAACGGGGCCACCAACUUCGAUAACAUCGCCUACGCCUGGAUAAGCAUAUUCCAGGUUGUCACACUGGAAGGAUGGUCAAACAUCAUGUUUUAUGUCAUGAACGUGCAUUCCUUCUGGACUUUCCUCUUUUUCAUAUUCGUUGCCAUUAUGGGCUCCUUCAUCAUGAUGAACGUGUGCGCCGUCGUCAUCGCCACCCAGUUCUCGGACAACCUGGAGCACUUGAGGAUACAGGGAACCAGGAGGGAGGAUAGCGCCGUGUUGGACAGAUGGCUCCGCUCCAAGUGGACCGGCUGCCUGGCGGUCAUCAGGCGGCGUGCAUCCAACAGGGUGCGCCGCCAUGACGACGACAGAAGGUCUGACGACAGCAGGACUGGCGACUUAGCGGUUGGGAGUCACAUUUGGGGACAGCUCAGGACGAGACUGGAGAAAGUCGUCAAAAGUCAAAUCUUUGACCGGCUGAUCAUGUUCGCUGUUCUCCUCAGCAUUCUCCCCCUGGCCAUCGAGCAUCAUAAUCAGCCGAACGAGUUGACCACCGUGUUGCAGAUCAGUAACAUCACCUUCACCGUGAUCUUUGUGGUGGAGAUGCUCUUGAAACUGAUGGGUCUCAAGUGGGCGUACUUCGUGGACCGAAACAACUUGUUUGACUUUGUCAUCGUCAUCAUCAGUCUUUCGGAGACGAUAACCAAAGCAGACAGCAGGUUGUCGGUCCUCCGAGCUUUCCGCCUGCUGAGGUUUGGGAGGCUGCUCCACUACCUUCCUUACCUAAGGACACAGCUGCUGGUGCUGAAGAAGGCCAUGGAGGAGGCCGCUUCACUCUGCAUGCUCAUGCUUUUUGUCAUCUUUGUAUUCAGUCUCGUGGGCAUGCAUCUCUUCGGUCAAGGGUUACACACCGGGAAAAUAAUCAAUGACAGAAAGUACUUUGACACCCUGCUCUCGUCCAUGGUUACCGUGUUCCAGAUUCUGACGGAGGAGGACUGGAACAGGGUGAUGUACGCCAUCAUGGCGGCCUCCUCUCCGUGGGCCUUCAUCUACUUUGUUGUGGUCAUCGUGACGGGAAAGCACGUCCUUCUCAACAUCCUCGUGGGUAUUGUGCUUCAGGGCUUCCAAGACAGGCGAAUACUUGGCGAGAACAAUGCCGCCGUGACCUCUUCCUCGACCCCGGAGGACGGUUCUACGGAUGGAAACGGAAAUGAGGAAACGCGAACACUUGGCGAGAGCUCUGCCUCUGCGACCUCUUCCCCGACCCCUGAAGACAAUUCUGCAGAUGCCAACGGCGAUGAUGAAAACAGAUCUCAGAACCGAAAACCAACGGCGCUGCGCUGGUGCAAAAAGCGUGAAGAGUGGUCUUUCUACGUGUUGUCUCCCCAGAACAAGUUCCGCCUCUUUUGCAAGAAGGUGAUGUCUCACAAUCUGUUCGAAUACACAGUUUUGCUCUUCAUCCUCCUAAACUGUAUCACCAUUGCAAUGGAGAGGCCUGGAAUAGAGCCUGAAAGCAAGGAGAGAAUGUUCCUGAACAUCUCUGGUUUCGUCUUCAUUGCAGUUUUCAUGGUAGAGAUGCUUUUGAAGGUCCUGACCCUCGGCUUGUUCUUUGGGAGCGAGAGCUACUGCCGCUCCGCCUGGAAUGUCAUGGACGGGUCGCUGGUGGUCGCCUCCUUGGUCGACAUCAUCAUCUCGCUGACCCCUGCGAGCAACAGCAAAAUGCUGGGCAUUCUCAAAGUGCUGCGCCUGCUGCGCACACUUCGCUCGCUGCGGGUGGUCAAGCGGGCCCCGAAACUGAAGCUGGCGGUGGAGGCUUUGAUCACCGCCGUCAAGCCCGUCGGGAACAUCUUGCUCGUGUGCUGCGCCUUCAUCUUUUUCUACGCGAUCCUCGGCUUGCAGUUGUUCAAGGGGAAGUUCCACACCUGUAGAGGCGAGUACCUCGAGGACAUCACCAACAAGACGGACUGUCUGUCGGCCAACUACCGCUGGGUGCAAAAAGAUUUCAACUUUGACAGCUUGCCGCAGGCUCUGAUGUCGCUGUUCGUGAUGUACUCCAAGGAUGGCUGGGUGAGCCUCAUGUACGACGGACUGGACGCCGUCGGAGUGGACCAACAGCCCGUGGUCAACCACAACGAAUGGAUGCUCGUUUUCUUCAUCUCCUUCAUGAUCGUGAGCUUCUUCUUGCUCGACAUGUUCAUCGGUGUGAUGGUGGACACCUUCCACGACUGCCAGAAGCAGCAAAAGAAACUGGCUGAGGAGGCGAGGAACCGCCCACAGCGUGGCGCAGGUGAGGAGCGUGGGGAUAGAAAGGGAUCGCAGCAACAGACCCAUCUCCCUUUCCCGUGUGUGACCAUCUGAACAUCUGCAUUUGUGCGUGCGUGCGAAGGCCCGGAUGUUCCCGAGGUGCCCGAGGAGAAGCCGUACCAAGCGUCCUACUCCCGCUGGCGCCUGUCCAUCCACACCCUGUGCACCAGCAAGCAGCUGGACCUCUUCAUGGCCAUCCUGAUCUUCAUCAGUGUUUUGGUUAUGGCCGUCGAGCACUACCAACAACCUCUGUACAUCAAGAGGCUUACAGAUUACUCCCACUACGUGUUCACCUCCAUCCUGGUGAUUGAAGUCCUGCUGAAGCUCGUGGCGUUUGGCGCGCUGAGGUUCCUGCGAAACAGUUGGAACCUCAUGGACCUUGUGGUCGUCUUGGUUUCCAUCAUGAGCAUCGUUUUAAACGUGAUGAGGGUGUCACGGCAACUUCCCAUAAAUCCCACCAUCCUGAGAGUCUUCAGAGUGCUGAGGCUGGCUCAAGUCCUGAAGGCCAAAAGGAUUCGUGUCCUGCUGACAACGAUCAUGAAAACGCUGUCGCAGGUUGGAAACAUUUGUCUCCUCUUUCUGUUCUUCUUUUCCAUCUACGCGGCGCUGGGAGUGGAGUUCUUUGGCCAUCUAGAAUGCGCCGUGGACGACCUGUGCCUCGGAUUAAACGAAUACGUCAACUUCAAGCACUUCGGCAUGGCCCUGUUCACCCUCUUCCUGGUGUGCACCGGGGACAACUGGAGCGUGAUUAUGAUGGACACCUUGAAGCAGUGCCGUCCUGGAGAGUGUGCAGACUACCUCACGUGGGUCUCUCCGCUAUACUUCAUCGCCUUUGUGGUCAUCGCCCAGUUCGUGCUCGCCAACCUUGUUGUGGCCGUCAUCGUGCAAGCUAUGGAGGACAGCAACAAGGAACUUCUGAUCCAGUUCGUUGAUUUUAACCCCACGCGGUUCGACUCGGGUUUAUGA